AUGUGGUUGUACACGGUGGCACUGAUUGUUUUGAGAUACCACGCGGCCAGCUCCGAGAUGGCAAGUCUGCCAUUCUACAGCGCCGGCAUGGAUUUUCACUGUCCUCAGGGAGAAGGGUGGUUGCAAAUCUCGUCGCGUUGCUUCUUUGUCAGCAACGAGUCGAUGACAUGGAAGGAGGCCAAACAAUGGUGCUUUCAACGGCUACACGGAAGCAUGAUGACGAUCAACGACACUUCUCGAAUCCUUCUACUGGCAGAUUACACCGCCCGCCCACAGGGUCCCCUUCUGACUGAUUACUGGAUAGGAUUUUACAUCAAUUCGAAAGAUUCGCACGAGUUGGUGUUGUACACGGGAGAUGCCGAGGAGUGGUCGGUGUUCAUGCCCAUUUGGGCUUCCGGUCAGCCAAACUGCAGCAACCCGGUGUGCUGUGUUUCGCUGCACGUUGACCUUCAGCAGAAGAACCGGCUCGGCUUCCACGCGACCGACUGCGACACCAGAAUGCCUUUCAUAUGCGAAACGGCUGCCGUGCUGCCGGACGAGUUCCUGUGCCGGGAUUUCUCGUGGCGCAUAAACAAAAAUUACCUCUGCGAUGGCACAGACGACUGUCCGGAUGGCAGCGACGAGCGGGAUUGUUACCACUGCGACUCAGGCUUAAUCGGUGGCGGAAACGGCAACCUGACCGAGGGCCUAAUCAACUCGCCCAACUACCCGAACAGGUACUCGAAUGAGGCGAACUGCUCCUGGAACGUCGAGGUUGAUUACGAGUCGAAGAUAUUUUUUGGGCUGACCGGUUGCGUUCAGUUCUUGGACUUCAACACCGAACGGUUGCACGACGUGCUCGAGGUGAGGGACGGAUUCGAGUGGUCAUCGGCCUUCCAUGUUGGCCGCUUCUCCGGUGAUUACGGCUACUUCACUUACGUCUCCUGUACGCCUUCGCUGUUAUUCCGCUUCGUUUCCGACAGCUCGGUCGUCCGCAGGGGUUUCUCCAUCAGCUGGAAACGAAUACGCUCCAAUCACCGAUGCUUUCGAAAGGUGUUCGUGUCCGAAGGUGCCGGAAACGUAAAAAUAUCCACUAAUGACUUAGAGAGGAAGGAAAGCGACACCGAAAAGCUGUAUUGCAUGUGGCAGUUCUACCGCGGAGCUGCCCCUACUUUUACCAUCGAAUUUCAAAACACGUUUUUGAACAAGGGCGAAUGGAUUACGGUAUACAGCGGAUGCAGCAAUUUAAGUUCGGUCGAAAGGUACGGUCAAGUGAUGUUUCCAUGGUCCUCGAUCGCCAGUGACUUCUCCAGUCAUCGGAACGUUCUGUGUCGAUGGAUGUUGCGUCAUCCGCGACGGCGGCCGAUCACCGUUAUUUUGGACGUGAAGCUCACGGACCCAAAGGAUCGACUGAUAGUGUCGAACGAAAUCGAAGCACCGUUGAACAUCUCUACCGUUGGUAACAGAAGCGUGGUGUACCAUGGUCCGUUUGGAGUAAUCCAUCUUGACAUCGUCAGUUUCUCCAACACGAUGCUUGUGAACGGCACCUUCUCAGAAGACUGCGAAUCGUUCGCCAACGCUACUGAAAUUGUUUCCUCUUCCGAUAGCCACUACUAUGGAGCGACAGUGUCUCUUACAUGCGCUGCUGGCUUUUCGUCGAAAUCUGGCUUGUGGUCGUUGAAGUGCGGGCCUUUCGGGCGAUGGAUGGGCCCAGUGAUAAAGUGCAGACCCGUGACUUGUGGCCCGCCACCAACCAUUUUAAAUGGCAAAGUCGUGUCCAUACAUGAUGUCAGCUACUUAUCUGAAGCUCACUACGCGUGCCCGCCGGGAUAUUCAGUUCAACCGACAAAUAUUAGUGUCUGCACCGCCAGAGGUAUCUGGGAACCGACCAAUCUGAACUGCUCACCCGUUUACUGCGGUUCAGCACGCCAGCUUCCAAAUGCUCAGUUCCUGAGCAAAGUACGCCAGAAGUACGAAGUCGGUAGCCAGGUGGCCUACAAGUGCGUCGAAGGUUGGGCGCCGACCGGAAUACACAUAGCUGUAUGCUCUGACGAGGGCGUUUGGAAUGCAAACGGUUUUAAGUGUCAAAGUUAG